CUUCCUUCUCCCUCCCUCCCUCCCUCCGUUCCCAUUGCCGGGCCGCCGGCCACACUGCAAUCUGCACCAUUUUGUUUUCCCCUUUUCCUUCUUCUCCAUAUCUCCCUCCCUUCUACAACCCGAACCCUCGCCGGCACGCCCUCCUAAGCCCGUUUCUUCCUUCUCUCCCUAUCUCCCUCUCUGCUGCAACCGCGCCGGUGCGCCUGCCCACAGCAUUCUCCUGCUCGUCGCUAAGCAGCUGGGCCCCGUUGGCGGGAACUUCAGCUGGCAGCUAGCCGUCGAACCUUAUACAGCACCCCCGACGGAAGCAACUCUCUCAAUAUUAAAUUCCUUCUGCUCACUCUCACCAUCUUUCCUUAACAUUGCAGCACAUCCACCCUCUCUUCCUUCCAAAAAUCUGAAGAAAAACAGAAGGAAUACAGAAGCGCGCAGCAGUGCUGGCUCUGUGUGAAGGAAAUUUUCGGCAGCAUGUGGAACUGGGGGAACGGCAAUGGAAUGAAGAAACGGCAAAUGAUCGCGCUGGAAUAGAAUCCAGUUUAAACGUGUAGUUGGCUGUUUUGCUCUUUUCGUUUUGGUUCUGAGAAGAAUUUCACUUCCGAGUUCGAAUACGGAUUUAGAGAUUAAUUCUUAGUGCUUUUACAUGGAGGAUCAGAGCUGUAGGAGUGGUAAUCAUAGCGAACACCAGUGGAGAGCUGAGGAAGAGAUUGCUGGAAACUCCGAUGCCCUUAAAGCACUGAGAGAACUGAUCAUUUUCCCACUACUAUUCUCCCAGGAAGCUCAAAAAAUUGGUCUAAGAUGGCCUCGAGGAUUGCUUCUAUACGGACCCCCUGGCACUGGCAAGACGAGCUUAGUACGUGCAAUUGUUCAGGAAUGCGGUGCUCAUUUAACCACUAUCAGUCCCCAUUCAGUUCACAGAGCACAUGCUGGAGAAAGCGAAAAAGUUCUGCGCGAGGCUUUCUCCAAGGCAUCAUCUCAUGCAAUAUCAGGGAAGCCAUCAGUUAUCUUUAUAGAUGAAAUUGAUGCACUUUGUCCACGUCGGGAUUCUAGGAGAGAGCAAAAUGUUCGUAUAACCACUCAACUUUCUAUUCUGAUGGACUCCAAUAAGCAAUCAGCAUCUGGUAGACCACAAGUCGUUAUUGUUGCAUCAACUAACAGAGUGGAUGCCAUCGAUCCAGCACUUAGAAGAUCAGGGCGUUUUGAUGCUGAAAUAGAAGUAACAGCCCCAACUGAGAAUGAACGAUAUCAAAUUCUUAGGCUAUACACAAGGAAGGUUCAAUUGGAUCCAAAAGUGGAUUUACUAGCAAUAGCUGCAUCUUGUAAUGGGUUCGUUGGAGCUGACUUGGAGGCUCUGUGUCGUGAGGCUGCAAUGGCUGCAUUGCAAAGGUGCUCAGGUACAAAUGAGAAUGAGAUUCUCAGUCUGACAACAGAAGACUGGAAGCAUGCAAGAUCUAUUGUUGGCCCAAGUAUGACUAGAGGCAUCACUGUUGAAGUUCCGAAUGUGACUUGGGAUGAUAUUGGAGGACUUAAAGAUUUAAAAAAAAAACUACAGCAGUCGGUUGAAUGGCCCAUCAAACACGCUGCUUCUUUCUCAAAGUUGGGUAUAUCUCCUGCACGGGGGGUUCUUUUGUACGGGCCUCCAGGUUGCUCAAAAACAACCCUUGCUAAAGCAGCUGCAAAUGCUGCUCAAGCGUCCUUUUUUUCACUUAGUGGUGCAGAAAUGUACUCUAUGUAUGUUGGUGAGGGAGAGGCUCUCCUGCGUAACACUUUUAGAAGAGCUCGUCUUUCUGCACCAAGCAUUAUAUUUUUUGAUGAGGCCGAUGUUGUUGCUGCCAAAAGGGGUGGGAGUUCAAGCGGCAAUGUCACCGUGGGAGAGAGGCUUCUAUCUACGUUGUUAACUGAGAUGGAUGGUCUUGAAGAAGCAAAAGGAAUACUAGUUCUAGCUGCUACAAACCGUCCUCAUGCCAUCGAUGCUGCGCUUAUGCGACCAGGACGCUUCGACUUGGUGCUCUACGUACCUCCACCGGAUUUCGAAGCUCGAUACGAGAUACUUCAAGUUCAUACUCGUCCAAUGAAAAUAGGAAAUGACGUCAACCUUAAAAAAAUAGCAGAGGAUACAGAGCUCUUCACUGGGGCCGAACUCGAAGGCCUGUGUAGGGAAGCUGGAAUUGUAGCUUUAAGAGAAGACAUAACUGCUAGUGUUGUGUGUGAUCGUCAUUUCCAGACGGUGAAGGAUUCUUUGAAGCCAGCUUUAACCUCGGCGGAUAUUGACAUCUACUCGACUUUUAUGAAGACCCGUUCUGGUAUGCCUUCACAACAUUCCAAUUUAAGUGUCAAUAAUAGGAUCAACGCUAAAAGAAGUGUGUUUAGCCCCGUCUCUUUGGUUAAACUUGGUUUGAUUGGCUGUUUCUUUGUUGUUCUUGCCAAGUUCUUUCUCUCUGAGAAAUAUAAAGUUGAACAAGAAUUGAAGACUACCUAGGAUUAAGGAUAGGUAUACACAUUUUGAGUGGUUUUGUUAGGGUGAUUACAUUUUUGGACAAAAGCUUAGAGAAAUGUAAAGAUGUGAAUCCAUUAUAGAUUCCUUUUAUCAAAUUAGACCUUAAACUUAAAUAUAUAUAUUGCAAUUUCUACCA